AUGUCGAAGUUUCCCGAAGUCCAAGGUGGAGGCUCAUUGAUUUUGGCCUGGCAGAUCAGAGAGAAGCAUGUGUUAGUAGUAGGAGGGGGUGAAGUCGCCGCGGGGCGCAUCCUCCACGCUCUAGACGCCGACGCCCGCGUCACCGUCGUCUGCCCGGCUAGUGGACUGAACGAAGAAGUUGCCUACCGAGUCGCCGAGAAACAAGUCACCCAUGUCGAUCGCAAUUUCGAACCCUCCGACUUGGACGAUGCGGAUAUGGUGCUGUGCGCGAUUGAUGACCCGGAAGCCUCAACACAAGUAUGGAAGCUCUGCAAGGAGAAGCGGAUCCCAGCCAACAUCGCGGAUGUUCCCCCCGAGUGCGACUUUUACUUUGGAAGCAUGCACCGGGACGGUCCCCUCCAGAUUAUGGUCAGCACAAAUGGCAAUGGCCCGAAAUUGGCUAGCAUCGUGCGCAAGAAGAUCGCAGCGACUCUACCAUCCAACAUGGGAGCUGCUAUUACCAAUGUCGGAAAGCUACGCAAGAAGCUCCGAGAUGUCGCACCGGAACAGGAGGAAGGGCCGAAGAGAAUGAAGUGGAUGUCGGCGGUCUGUGAAUCAUGGAGUCUGGACGACUUGGUGGAGAUGACCGAACAAGAUAUGGAUGGACUGCUAUCUCAAUACCGGCCAGGCAAUGUGCCCACCCUCCAGGAAGUGCGCAAAUAA